AUGUUUGACUGCAUAUUUGAUCAGUCAGACCUCUUCCUGGCUCCGACUACCUGUAGUUUAAACCCUGAUCACCACAGGUCUGAACCGUUAACGUCAACGAAUUCCAACCCAAAGAGCGGAGGUGAGCUGAACCUGCGCCCCGUUUCAACAUCAGACUGUCAGACACAAUGUGUUAGGAAAGUGUGUGAGAUCUCAACGCUGGAUGGAGUUAAAGAGAAGCUGCAGGCUGACUCUGAACUACCAGAGAAGAUCCGUGCGGUUCCGAUCCACCGGCGUCCGGACCUCAUGGCUCCCUGCGCAGACCUGAUCAACUCUGAGUGGCAGAGGAGCCAGGCUGCACGAGUUCACUCCCUCCAGAAGUCCUGUCCAGAGUUCCCCGUCUGCCUGGUUCUCCUGCAGGGCCACAAAGCGACAGAGCGGUUGCUCGGCCACGCCAGGUUGUCCCGGGUCGUAGGUCACAGCAGCAGCCUUUUCAUUGAGUCGGUGGUGGUGUCCAAGGCGGAGCGAGGGAAGGGCUACGGCCGGACUCUCAUGGAGGAGACUGAGCGCUACGCUAAAAGCAGAGGGUUCAAGCGCCUGUGCCUGACAACUCAUGAUAAGCAGCACUUCUACGCCCACCUUGGCUACGUGCUGUCGACGCCGGUGCAGAACGCAGGCGCCAUGACGGCGUUUGUUCCCAUGGAGAUGCUGUUGAGGUUCUCCAGAAUGCCGAGCGAAGAGACAAACACACAGAAACAAACAAAGAUGGAUGCUCAAGUACCACCAGGAGGUGCUGGUGUUGUAGGGUCACCUCCAGCUUCUAGUUUACCUCCACCUCCUCCUCCCUACAUCCCUCCUCCACCUCCUCCUCCUCCCUCCAUCCCUCCCCCUCAACCACCUCCUCCUCUACCUCCCCCCCCUCCUCAGUCAGCAGGGCAGCUUGUAGUUCAGACUCUGACUGAAACGCCGUACAGAGACGCCAGAGGAGUUUCCAUCUAUUGGAUGCACAAAGACAUUUGAAGAACACACAGUCAGAAACACCCGAGACCUCAUGCACAUACUUUUAUGUUUUUAAAAAUAUUAAAAGACAGAAACACACAUACAAAACCUAUGAAGCACACACACCAUCAUCGGUCUGUCAGACACACAGAAAAUGAGCAGUGGUAAAACACAGAGUGUAAAAAGCUUUAGACAAGCUGAAAUGUUUUCAUAAACCAAAGAAAUACAGAAAACACUCCUACACUUACUCAUUCUUUCACUGCUGUUACACCUUUAGACACACUCAGUCUGUUUGAUGGGAUAAAAACAAUCAAGACAAACACAGAAGCAAACACACAUUUUCAAAAAGCACAAGAUUUAAAUAACUUUAAUUUUAAUCACAUUUUUUAAAGUAAAGACGAUGGAGGUGCUGACCUUCACUUUCACUUUAAAACAACUGAUUUCAAUUUGUUGCACAAAACUGCACAUUAAUGUGCACUGGUCGUGCAGUGGGCCCAGUGUAUUCCUGCAAUGAAGCAGUGGGUCAAAUAGAAAUGGUGACCAACACUAUGAAAAAAUCAAAACAGGGUUCUUAAAAGAGAUGAACCUUUUAUUAAAUACUUUAGCAAAUUGUAAAUUGUCCCUCACAGUUCAGAAAGGUGUUUUGCUUAUUGUUACUUCAUUUGGACGUUUGAGUGUGCAGUAGCUUUGCAGCAGUAUACCAGCUUUAGGGUAUAUAUAUGGCUUUGGUAUGAACACUGACAGGUAUCAUACCAUGUACAUUUUCUUAUCCACAAUAUCAAAAAAAUAAAGUAACCAGAUGUAAAAAACUCAUUUUAUUUAAUUUAUUAUCAGUAAGGAGACUUUUUACACAAACUUCCAUUUAAAAAAAAAAAAGUUUCAGUUAUACUAAAGCAUUUGUACAACCAAUAAAACCCUCUGGUAAUUUAUCUAAAUGUCAUUGUAACUGCUAAUAAUCAUAAUCAUAACUGUAUGAACACGUUUCUGAGACGGUUAUCGUACCAUGAAAAUCUCAUACUGUUGCAGUCCUUCUGUGCAGAAUGGUGCAUAUGUGCAGAGUUUGACACCAGAAAACUGUUAUUCAUACUCAUGUUCAUAUUCAUCUACUGCAGGGGGAAGUUUCUCUGUGGUCACCUUAAAUCUCAGUAUAAGGUGUUCAUGUAUGCAGUGAUUCUGUGACAGCCAGUCUGAAGGGCAUUUUAUACAAGUGUGAUGUUGAAACUUGCAGCCUCCAGGUCACAAAGACAGAAAAAUGGAUUAACUUUGUGUCUUGUGCCAGCAGUAACUAUUUUGAAAUGAGCAAUAUAUGCAGUCUGACUUUUUCAACGAGGGGAGGGGACGACAGAAAUGAGCUCUUUUGUUUUGAGGGAAUCUUUUGAAUGAGGGUGGAUUGUGACAAGGAUUGUUUGAAUGUAGAGGUCGACUGUGAAAGCCAAGGGAAGAUAAUUUAGGAAAAAAAAAAAAUAUUUUGGUUUCUUUCAAACAACCCAACCCAGUGACAUUAUUUUUGCUCCUUGAGCAGCUGUCUUAAUCUGUUACUGUGAAAUCAUGUGACACGCUGUAAUGUUGAAGUUGAGGUUUAAAUGUGCCUUGUUGAACUGCUGGAGAACUAAAGCCUUCUUAAAGUCCUUUAAGUUCUUGUGAUUUUUUCAUGAAUGAAAAAAU